AGAAUAUAAAGAAUAGUUAUGGUUAGUACAUGCAACAUUUUUCAAUUAUAAGUUCGUUUGUAUUACAAAUUUGUUUAACAUGUGUGUCAAAAUAGCAUAUUGUCUAUGAAUAUUACUUAGAAACUUAAAAGCUAUGGAUUUACGUCUUUGACUAAAGGUUAAAUACACAAUAGCAUAAGUAAAUGCUAUAAUCUGUUAAAAAGUCAAAGGGAGAAUAUUCGUUUUGUGGAAUGUCCGAUCUGCUUCGUUCUUCUGGUUGUCUGUCCAUAUAAACAAUAUUUUUGGACGCCAUGAAUUACUGCAUAUAAAGCAAGAGGCUUUUGAAAAUUUAUUUUUCGUGGCCAGAAUAAACACAUUGGUGGGUGUGCGAGCGUGGGUUUUCAUGUACAGAUGUAAGCUAUUAUAAGUUAGUGUAGAAUGGUAGGACAGUUAUGAACUGGGUACUCCAUUAUUUUAUAUAUUUGCAUGUCAUCUUCGAAACACGAAGCUAUAAACGAUUAGAAUCUACGGAAAGCCUGGUCAAAAUUCAUAGAUGGAACAUUUGGGUAUGAAUAUGAAUAUAUGUUAUCAGUUAAGAUGAUAGUCCGCCGACCAUAAUUGUUAUCGUAAUAACCAUGCGUGAAAUAUAUAACUUAAACAAAUUUUGAGAUAUUUGCAUCGACAAUGUCUAUCAACUAUCAAUAAUGAACUCAUCAUUGAAAAGUUUGGCCUGGCCAAAGUCUAUAGCUGUGGCUAUUUUCUUACUACUGAUAUUGGUGACUGUCAUUGGAAAUAUGCUUGUUAUAUUAGCUGUCUUAACCACCAGAAGACUUCGUACCGUUACAAAUUGCUUUGUGAUGAGUUUGGCGGUUGCUGAUUUACUUGUGGGCAUUUUCGUCAUGCCACCGGCAGUAGCCUUGCACGUCAUUGGCUCGUGGAAACUUGGCUGGCUGCUCUGCGAGUUUUGGAUAUCCUUCGAUAUAUUGCUAUGCACGGCGUCUAUUCUUAGUUUAUGUGCCAUCAGUUUAGACAGGUAUCUCGCAGUGACACAACCAUUGACAUAUUCGAAAAAAUGGCGUUGCAAACGAUUGGCAUUGUUAAUGAUUCUUGGAGUGUGGUUACUGGCCUUUGUAAUCACCUGCCCCCCCAUGCUCGGCUGGUAUGAGCCGGGAAGGAAUCGUCAUCAAACAGACUUUGUUGACUGUCGGUACAAUCAGAAUAAAGGAUAUGUCGUUUACUCAGCGAUGGGUUCUUUUUUUAUCCCUCUCACUGUCAUGUUGUACGUUUACGUUAGAAUUGGUUAUGUUCUGACAUCACGACGACAACGGAUUGUACGCGAUGCGAACUCGGAACGCACGGCUGAUCAUGAUUUAGACGGCGACAACUUCAUCCUGGAAUCUGAACAUUAUCGUUGUAACCUGCACAAAUGUUUACCAUGUUGUGAAGCUCGUUGCAGUGUAAUAAGCACCCAUGUAAAUCCUAUUCUAAGUUCAAACCACGUUAGAUGCGUUAAAUGCCAGGACACCGAAUUGGGCGAUAAAAGAAUGAAACUCAAACAUCAACCGACAUUCUAUGAACUUAUAGAAUUUUCACGAAUGUCAACACAUAAUUGUAAAUAUCAUGCAAAAUGCGCGUCCGCUUUCUCUAUACCAGCUUUAUGUUACAAAGAAAAUCAAUGUCUGGCUGGCACAUCUUUAGAAACGGCUUAUAAUAACGGGCCCAACAGGUCGUCUACAACAUUACAUCAGUUUCAAAGACAGUUAGCAAGUCAUCGCAUUCCAAUGCGAGUAUCAACAAAAAUAAAAAAUACCAAAACGACCAAAACCCUUACCAUUGUCAUGGGAGGUCUGAUUGCUUGCUGGACUCCAUUUUUUGCAUACUAUUUGUUGAUACCCUUUCUGCCGCAGUUAAAAAAACUCGAAAGUCUUAUGUCAUUUUUUACAUGGGUUGGCUGGCUGAACUGUGCCAUCAAUCCAUUUAUUUAUGCCUUUAAUCCCGAUUUUCGAGCUGCGUUUUGGCGUUUAACAUUUCGGCGAAUCUGCAAGCAGAAACUUACUCGAAAUCGUAUGAAGCUGUUUCGCACUUAAAGCAUUAAGUCCCACAAUAGAAACAUACAUAUUUACGUCUAUGUUAAUUGCUUAGAAAGUCCAUAGGUUUUAUUUAAAUUAAAACAUAGGUAAGAGCACGUAAAUCAAUUUAUUUAAAUGCUUAUUUAUUUACUUAAUUUCACUUAUUUAUGUGGAUUCACUUAAUUGAGAUGGAUUAUCCAUUUGAUAUGAGUCCAAAACUUGUACAUGCUCUACCCUCCGACAUUAAAUACAAUAAGACAGGUAUAGUGCUAAGUUACCAUUCGAAAAUUAUGUAUAUCCAAUUUUGUCACUAACUUCCGGCUUCUUCAAAAUAGGAUAUUACCGAUGUAAAGUAUACGACAUACAGAAAUCAAAUUAGGCAUUUUGAUUAUUUUAUAGAAUAUAAAGAAUAUAUCACUGUUACCCUAAAAUUAAGAGUGGCUUAGUCAGUGGUGUUCGGCUCCGAGAUUUUUCAUACCCAGAUUGGCGUAUGCAUAAGUAUAAUUAUUCAAAUGGGCUAAGGGAGAUAUUUAUGGGCCUUAUAAAAAUAUAUGUACAUUCUUGGUUAUCAAGUUGUAUGUUAAAUACCUCGAUCAUCUAGAUCUACUCAACAUGAAGAAGUUUAAAAAUAUUUAAUUUAUUUUAGAAUUAGUGCAUUACUUUUGUGAAAAAUGGAAAUUUUAGGGGUGUAUAAAAAUGGGGGUAGGGCGAAGGGGGUAGGGCUUUAUGAAAAAAGUCAAUGAAGACCUGAUUCAGCGGUUUUGGAAAUUCCACCCCGUAAUAGCGGCCUACCAAAAUCAUUUUAAAGGAUUUUAAUGAAAAUUCAUUUAGGUUGUGUUCCCCACUUUUCGAAAAAUUCGCCCCUUUCCGAUGAUUAAUGCGAGUCGGAAGUUGUAAAGGCGGGGCUUUGAGUUUCGUCCGAUUUGUAGCUCUUACCGUUCAGUUUGUCACUGGGUGUUUUAUAAGAAAUUUUAUGAAAAUGAUAUUCAGUUGUCGGUGAGCAGGAAUUUCAAUUUUGGAUUUCUUAAACAUUUGCA